AUGAUUGAUAACAGAUUUACCUUGAUAAAGAAAAUUGGGAGCGGUGGUUAAGGCUAGGUUGGUAACAAAGAUGAAUUUAUGAAUGAGAGAGCAUUAUAUCGAAGGCUUGCUGAAAGUAAUUAAUAGAAAUUCAGUUGGUAUAUAAAGUCAGGACAAGUUGAUAAAACUAAGUUCUACAUAGCUAUGAAACUAAUGGGCUCUUCUCUAAAAUAAAUUCUCAGAUCCACUCAAGUCUAUCUUAAUAUUCAGCAAAUAGCUUUAAUUGGAAUUUAACUAAUAGAGCAACUAAGUUUGAUUCACCAGAUUGGUUAUGUUCACUGGGAUAUCAAGCCUGAGAAUAUUCUAUUUUAAAAUAAGUAUUCAGUGAUUAAAGAGGAUACUAAAUUCUAAAAGAUUCAACUGAUUGAUUUUGGAGUAUCUAGACCGUUUAUCAACUCUCUGGGAAAUCAUUACUAGAAUAUAAAGCAAGAAUAAUUCGCAGGAAAUCUAUACUUUAGCAGUCAUUUUCAAAUGCUAGGAAAUGGCCCUUCAAGGAGAGAUGAUAUUAUUUCAAUUAUUUAUUUUCUCUUGUAUCUCAAGCAAGGUUAUUUACCAUGGAUUUGUUCAAUUACUUAGCCUGUUACUUCAGAGAAGUAUAAUAACAUUGUUAAUUUAAAGAAAAAUUACUACAAUAUUUUAGAGAACUAAUUUGAAUCAAAUUGCAUACUCAAGAAAUUAUUAAGCUAUAGUUAUCAACUCGAAUUUUAGGAUGAGCCAGACUACGCUUAUUUGCAAUAAAAAAAUAAUAACAAAAAAAACAAAGCAAAUAAAAAAGUGUGUCCUAAUAAAUCAAGCGGACAGAGAAAAAUAAGAGAUUUCCCCAAUUAUCAGCUUGGUUAACAAGAUAUUCAAGAAGAAAUAGUUUAGUGCAUAGAUAAUGAUCCGAUUUCAAUAAUACUUAUAGACCGAUAACAACAGUAUUUUGUUGAGAAUGAUUCAGACAGUGAUCUUGAUAUUUCUGAAGAGAAAAAGUAUAAUAAUAACUCAGAAAUACCAGAAAACUCCGUUUACUAGGCAGUAUUCAAUGCAAACUAUAUUAAAGCUGUUGAUUAGUAGAAUGAUGUAUGA